GCAAUCCAAAUUGACAGCCGGUUGUGCAUUUCUUUUGAUUUUAAUAUUUUAUUAUUAUUUUUUUGUUUGUCUUUAGCUAUGACCGGUUUUUGUUGGCCAUUGAUAAAACUAGCCGUUGAUAGGUACAUUACAUUACAAAUCCGCGAAGAAGUGAGAGCAACUUUUUGUUCUAGCCUAGAAUGAUGGCUUGGAUAUGGGCGGUUUUAUCAGCGAUCCUACUUGUUUAUCUCCUCCAACAACUACUCGGCCCGAACAGACUGCCUCCCGGCCCGAUAGGGCUUCCCAUACUAGGCCAUUUCCACCUGGUGGGCAAGAAUCCUCACGUAGAUCUGUGCCGUCUAGCCCGAAAACAUGGCCCCAUCAUGGGCCUUCGCUUGGGCUUCGUGCGCGCAGUGGUGGUGUCGUCUCCCGCAGCCGCCGAGCUCGUUCUCAAGACCCACGACCUCGUCUUCGCCAGCAGGCCUCGCAGCGAUGCGUCCUGCCGGAUGAGCUACGACCAGAGGAAUCUGGCUUUCGCGCCCUACGGCCCGUACUGGCGCAACAUGCGUAAACUCUGCACCUUGCAGCUGCUCAGCGCUUCCAAGAUGAAGCAAUUCGAGCCCAUGAGAAAGGCCGAGGUCGGGCUGCUGGUUGCGUCGCUCAAGCAGAGCAGGGACACCGUGGAUCUCAGAGCCAGAAUCUCCGCCGUCAACGGUGAUAUGAAUUGCUUGAUGAUUCUCGGGAGGAAGUAUUCCGACAGCGAUCUCGACGAGCAGGAUGGGUUCAAAGCUCUGUUCAGCGAGGCGCUCGAGAUCACCGCGCAGUUCAAUCUCGCAGACUAUUUCCCCUACAUUGGGGGACUUGAUCUCCAUGGCCUGAAUCGCAGAAUGAAGCGGUUGAGCAACGUGUUUGAUGGAUUCUUGGAGAAGAUCAUGGAAGAUCACCUUCAGAAGAAGCAGCAGAGCCACGACUUUGUUGAUACCAUGAUGGCGAUCAUGGACUCCGGGGAAGCUGGAUUCGAAUUCGACCGUACCCACAUCAAGGCCGUGCUCCUGGAUUUACUGAUAGCAGGAAUGGAUACCUCUGCAACUGCAACGGAGUGGACAAUGUCAGAACUAUUGCGGCAUCCCACCGUAAUGAAGAAACUCCAGGAAGAAUUGGAAUCAAUGGUGGGAUUGGAAUCCAUGGUUGAAGAAUCGCAUCUGGACAAACUCGAAUACUUGGAGUGUGUGGUGAAGGAAACGAUGCGCCUCCAUCCCGUGGCGCCCCUCUUAAUCCCUCACGAAUCCAUGGAAGACUGUGAGCUGCAAGGUUUCCACAUACCCAAAAAAUCAAGAGUGAUGGUGAACGUGUGGGCUAUCGGGAGGGAUCCCGAUGUUUGGGCUAACCCCGACUCUUUUACGCCGGAGAGGUUCGUUGGUAGCGAUAUAGACAUGAGGGGCCGGCAUUUCGAGCUUAUACCAUUUAGCUCGGGCAGGCGAGGAUGCCCCGGGAUGCAACUAGGCUCGGCGCUGGUCAAACUGCUGGUGGCGCAAUUGGUGCAUUGCUUUCAUUGGGAGCUUCCAAAUGGUAUGAAGCCUCACGACAUAGAUAUGUCUGAGCACUUUGGUUUGGUUACUGCUAGAGCUAAGCGUCUCAUGGCGGUUCCUACUUAUCGACUACACAUUUGACUUAGGCUUUUUUUUUUUUUAAUUCGCAUCGAAUGUUAUUUUAGUUUAUUGGUAAAAUAUUUUAUGUACCUUAGGCAUGUAUGAACGAAAUAAAUUAUUGUGUUAAAAUAAA